UUCUAGCCUGUUAAAUGACCGUAGAGGAAUGGAGCUGGCAGAACAGAUAGACGAUUCGACAUUCCGCACAAUGAACGAAUGCCAAAGCUCGCCAAACAUAACAAUUGCGAGUGCUGGCCUGAUAAACAUUAUAGUCUGGCGACCUAUACUGACAUUAGCAUCGGACUACUUACCCAUACAAAUCUCGAUUGACAGGCCUCUUGACUUUGUUUCCGCGGAUCACCGGACAUAUUUAAACUUUAAAAAAGCUAACUGCUCGGACUUCACGGAAUUCACCGAGAACGCCUUCAGUGCUCUCCCCACUCCAUCAGGCGUCACUACUGGUGAACGUUUAUUUCGCAGAGUCGUCGUGACCGCUUCGGCCCGCUUCAUCCCGGCAGGCCGAAUGGCGGAAAUCCGCCCAAAUUUUUCGACAGAAGUGGCGGUAUUAGCAUCUAGGCGCGACACCCUCCGAAGCUCCGAUCCCGGGAAUCCCCUAAUCAGGAAUUUUAACACGGAGAUUCGAAGAGUAGUAGACAAUCACAAGCGGAAAGAGUGGGAGGAGCACCUAAGGACCUGCAACCUCUCCUCAGUCAAGUCGCUGUCUAACCCGACGAGACGCGAUGACCGGGUGGAAAUUUCAUUCGGGAGGAGGUUCAGGUGGUUAUCGAGAAGGCGAAAGCCUCCAAAUCCAUCGACCACGACGGAGUUAGCACUGGACUUGUCAAAAGCUUUCGACACAGUCAAUCACUCAGUGCUACUAACGGACAUUGAGGAAUCCUCAUUACCGCCGGGGUUGCAGAGGUGGGUCAUGGGCUACCUGAGUGGAUCUAAACCCAGGAAAAUUUAACAGGGGGUUCCGUAAGGUGGUGUCCUCUCCCCGCUU